AUGUUAGAAAAAGAUCUGUUGAUGUUUGAUGAGUUUUUCAUCCAGAAACAAAUCAAAGUGUUUGGUGCGCCACUCCUCUUGGCGGUUGGGACCAUAGGAAACCUCAUUUCCUUUUACAUCCUGUUCAAGAACACACGUAAAGCGUCCACCUACACGUAUCUCAGCGUACUGGCCAUAAUGGAUAUACUGGUACUUUAUGUUGGCCUGCUAAGAGUGUGGUUAGUUCAACUGGGAAUAAUCGUCGAGGACUUAAACAGUGUGAUGUGCAAGCUGGUUACAUUUCUUGGGUUCUUUUGCAGCGAUGUGUCCGUUUGGCUCAUUGUCAUCGUCACCGUUGAAAGGACUAUAGUGGUCGCUUUGCCAUUGAGAGCGCCCAGUGUUUGUAACUCGAAGUACGCAAAGCUUGGAAUAACGAGCGUGAUCUCUAUAUUUGUCUUAUUAAAUCUGCAUUUUUUGUGGUCCAUGGAUCUUCAUUAUACGGUAAAAAAUACAACGGUGACACCAGAGUGCAAAGCGAUAGAGGGCUACACAUAUUUAGUGGAAAUCAUUUGGCCAUGGGUGGACGCAGCCUUUUACUCAUUUACACCGUUUGUGAUAAUAUUCGUGCUUAAUAUUAUAAUUAUUAAGAAUGUGAUUAACGCUAAGAACGCAAGACUCGUUUUACGUCAGCAAUGUACGUUAUCAAGAACAUACGCAGUGAAAACGCAGACCCACGAGCACGGCGAGAUGAGCAGACGAAUAACCUGCAUGUUGCUCGCAGUCUCGUUUACAUUUCUUAUUACUGUUUUGCCCAUGAAUAUCUUGAUUAUUCGAAACUCAUUGGUCGACAACACAGAUACGCUCAAAGGUUUAAUUCGACAGAGGCUACUUAUGACCGUCGCGGAAAUGCUCAUGUACACGAAUCACAGCAUCAAUUUCUUUCUGUACUGCGCUACGGGCAAAAAAUUCCGAGGGCAGUUUCGUGCCCUAGCUUGCUCGUGCUGUCGCAACCCGCUGGGGCUCCGGCUGCGCAGGAAUAUGUCACAACGAUCGUUCAAUGGCAGUAUGCCGCUUGUGAAAAUGAACUCAUCAAGAACCGAUUACGUGAACUGUGAACAUUUCUUUGAUAAAGGCGUGCAACUGUAG